UCUCACUAUAUAGGAUUGGGUUUUGCAGAGCCAGAGCAUUUAUGUCUUCUUCGCGUCAGCCACUUUAUAAAUGGGUAAUUCUGUUUCUAUCUGCCCUGCUCCUCCAUCUGUCCAAUGGCGACGUCGGCACCGGUUCGCGCUACGGUCCCCCAUACAGACCAACGGCUUGUUUCGGGAAUGAUGGAUCACAGUUCCCGACAGACAACCAAUUCGCGGCGGUGGGGGAACAAUUAUGGGAUAAUGGCGCGAUAUGUGGGAAAAUCUACUUAGUGAGAUGCUUAAGUGGAAGUACUCCCAAACCAUGCAUUCCUGGCAAAACCAUUGAGGUUAAGGUUGUUGAUCGCGCCCAGACAUCUGUGUCUCGGCCUACUGCUCCUGCUACCUUUGUUCUUUCUAAUGAAGCUUUUGCGGCCAUUGCAAAUCCCUCUGCAAAGUCUAUUAACAUUGAAUAUUCCCGCAAAUAAUAAAAUAAUUAUUUAUUAUUGUUCUACAACCUUUCUACCUAUCAUUCUACGAGUCAACAAGUUAGGUUUUUUUUUUUUUGUUUAGACUUUCAUGUUCAUU